GCCUCCUUCUUUCAUUUCCUGUUUAUUACCCAUUCAUUCCCCAAAUGCCUGUCCUGGGAGCUGGGGACACAGUGGUGACAGAGAGAGCCCUGCCCCUGCCCUCGUGGGGCUCACAGUCCAUGGGGGACACAGGACCAUCCCCAGACAGUGCCGACCCAGUGGGCUGGGCUGAGGGGGACACGUGACCCAGCCUGGGCAUCGGUAGGGAUUCCCGGAGGAGGGAGAGUUGGGGCUGCGUCCGAAAAUAUGAGUAAAGCGUGGAGAACAGGCUCCCAUGUAAAAAGACCAACGGAUGCUGAAACCCAGAGGAGUUUGGAGCAAGGAGGAGAAGGUCCCCCGCCUGCCAAAAUGCCCAUCCUGAAGAGCCUCCGGGUGGCAGAUGCCAAGGUGCCCAGGGCAGGAACCCUGCCCCAGACGUCCUCUCGGAACCCCUUUGAGGACGUUCCCGGGCUGGAAGAGGAGGGGCCUGGACGGCUGGGGACCCUGCCCAACGGGACGUCGUGUGGCCGCCGCGCCACGCUGGAGAAGCUGGCGGGCCUGGCUCCCUUCCGCCUGGCCUGGACCCCUGGCCGGCGGGCGGGCAGCCCUGGCGACGGGCAGCCCCGCUCCUUCCUGGGCCGAGUGCUGAUGCCAGGCACACGCAGGAGCUCGGCGGACUUCGGCCUCCUGGCCAGGCUGCAGGGGACCCGAGCCCAGGGCGAGGAGGAGACCGGGGAGGCGGCCCGGAGGCUGGCCUUCCUGAGGCUGGGGCGCGGGCCCAAGCCCCGGCGGGCCUCCCUGGCCGAGAGGGUGGUGCCUGCAGGCGAGGCGGCUCCUGAGCCCCCGCCCAAGGUCCGGGAGCCCCCAAAGAUGAAGGAGCCGUUGUCAGGUGAGUCCUGA